AGCGUGUUUGGAAAUUCUUCUGAAAUUGAUUCUGGAGAAAACAUUGAGGAAGAAGCUUAGUGAGCAGCUUCUCCUUGUGCCAGAAUUGAUUCUGGAGAAAAAGAAGUUGAUCAAAACAUGCUAUAAAAGUCUAUAUGGAGCCCAAGGAAGAAAAUUGAUGGACAUUGCUUCCAGUUUUUAAUGUAUUAUUUGCGAAAGGUGAUGUUAAUGGAUUGUUGUGUUUGAGGAGCUCCAUUGAAAUUAAGGUUGAAGAUUUAAAAUUGUGAGUUAAGGUGCUUCCACAAAGUUUCAACUUUCAAGCUGUCAUGGUUGGGGCAAAAUUGAGGAAGCUGUAUUUGGGAGUGGGGUUUAAAGUCUAAGUGAAUGAUUUUUCCUCUUUUCCAAGAUUGAUAUUGUUUUGGGUACUUCAUACGCUGGGUGUUGAGUACAGGUCUUACUAUUGCAAACAGAUUGCUAAACAUAGUGAAGGAUUAUUAUUUUCUACUUGGCUUUGGGUCAAAGUUUUAGCGAGGUGAGGUUUAUUUUACCCAUUGUUUGGCUUCUUACUGCAGUUGACAAUUUAUAGCUUUCAUUGAAGAAAAGAUGGUCUUUGGCAUUGUGAAUUCAUGUUUAAGGGGCUUUCUGCAGUUUUGUUUGUGUGUGUGAGUGCCUUUCUUUUUCGGAAAAUGUGUCUUUUGGCAAAAUAUAUUGGUGUUUUCUGGGGAUCAAGAUCUAUGCAAGUCCGAUAUUUGUUGGACUACAUUGCUUUAUUAUCCGAUAUUUUGAUUGUUUGAUUGAUUGAAUGGAAGAAUUACAAUUGCCUUUUCAUGUCCCUUUGUGAAUGGAAGCAUCGCUCAAUUAAGCUUGAAAGUAUUACUUUUGCCAUUAUAUAAUGCUUCUACUAAUAAGAAGGCUGAUUCUGAUUCCAAAGAUGAAGAAAAUGAUAAUGAGCUAAAAAAAGAAAGGCAUCUCAAACAAGAAAAAGUUGUGAUAAUAUGUAACAUGCUUAUUUUAUUUUUGCUGCUUAUCCAUUUUUUUACUGUCAUCUUCCUUUUGAGAAAUGUACUGAAAGGUUUAAUUUGGUUUCAGCUUCUUUCUAUUAGUUUGGCAUCAUGGCCAUUUUGGAAAUGCUUGGUAGUUUCUUUUUCAUUUUCCAGGUGUGGGAUGCUACUGCAUCAGACCCAAAGUUGCUGGGGUUUUUGAAAUCUUAUAGCAAUACCGUACCUGUGCCUAGGCAUUGGAGUCAGAAGAGAAAGUUUUUGCAGGGGAGCGGCUGUGGCAAUUACCAAGCCUGGACCUGGGAAACAAGGUACUGAGAAACAACCCUUUCAGCUUCCUUAUUUCAUUGCUGCCAUUGGAAUUGAGAAAAUCAGACAGGCUUAUAUUGAGAAAGAGGACGAUAACAAGUUGAAACAAAACCAAAGGGAACACAUCACAUGCAACCAAAAAUGGUCAUAGACUAUCAGGUUCUUCAUGAUGCAUUUUUCAAGUACCAGACAAAGCCAAAACUGACUUCUCUAGGGGAGCUGUAUCAUGAAGGAAAAGAAUUUGAGGUAAAGUUGAGGGAGAUGAAACCUGACAUGUUAUCACAUGAAUUGAAAGAAGCUCCUGGCAUGCCUGAGGGUGCCCCUCCUAACUAUGAGGAGUCAGUUUUUAAUACCAAACACUGGGGUGAUUUGGGGGAGAAGAAGGAAGAAGAGGAACUUGAAGCUGGUACUUAUGUUUUUAAUCUCUUAAGAUAUGAAAAGCCAAGGCCGGAAGAGAAGCUGCGUAGUUAGAGUUUUAGUAACACAGUUGCAGAGAAUGAGAAGAAAAGAAUAAGAACAAUGCAAGAAAGGGAGGAUGGCAAGUGGAGGUAAAAGGACAUCUUUUAGGGGUGGCGAGCGCCAUUACCGUUUCCUUUGCUUGCAAAUGAUCAUAAGAAAAAGUUUAUGAUCACAUAAUUUUGUAUCUGUUCCAUUUCACUAGUGACACUGGGGUCCCUGUUCCUAUUUUGAAAGCUUCAUUUCCUUUGUGGCUUUGUCUUUGGUAAAUGUCUCAAGGUCAUUUUAUAGUUAGUUGUUUUAAUUCAUAUUGUUUCUUUCGAACAGGAAAAGCUUAUGAUCACAUAAUUUUGCAUCUAUUUUUUUUAUAGUAAUUAGGAUGUUAUUCUAUAGAUAACACUUCACUCGUUUGGUGCAAUUCGAAGGGGUAUUUCUAA